CUUCAGCAUGGCAGACGUCAAGAAAGAGGGGCGGGGUAUCCGCAUCGCGAUAGACCGCGGGGGCACCUUCACAGACUGCGUGGGCAACCCCGGGUCCGGCAAGAUGGAAGACGACGUGGUCAUCAAGCUGCUGUCGGUCGACCCUGCCAACUACGACGACGCGCCGCUCGAAGGCAUUCGCCGCCUGCUGGAGCGCUUCACGGGCACCGAAAUCCCGCGCGGGCAGCCCCUCGACACAACCAAGAUCGAGAGCAUACGCAUGGGCACCACCGUGGCAACUAACGCCCUGCUGGAGCGCAAGGGCGAGGACAUGGCUAUGGUCGUCACCAAGGGCUUCAAGGACUGCCUGGAGAUUGGCAAUCAGAGCCGCCCCAACAUCUUUGCGCUUGACAUCCGAAAGCCCGAGGUGCUGUAUAAGCGCGUCGUCGAGAUUAAUGAGCGUGUGACGCUGGAAGAUUACGCUGAGGAUCCGGAGCGCAACCAGACCGACGCCAAGAGCAUAGAAGAGGCAGGCGCGAACGCUGAUCUCGUCAAGGGUCUGUCUGGCGAGACGGUGCGCAUUCUGCAGCGCCCGCAGGAGGACGCCGUUAGGACGCAGCUGCAGGAGGUGUACGACAGCGGCAUCAAGAGCAUCGCUGUGUGUCUGAUGCACGGAUACACGUACCCUCACCAUGAGGCCCUAGUUGGAAAGAUCGCUAAGGACAUAGGCUUCGAGCACGUCAGUCUAAGUCACGCGCUUAUGCCCAUGAUCAAGCUUGUGCCCAGAGCGACCUCGGCCUGCGCAGAUGCAUACCUCACCCCUGCUAUCCGCAAAUACAUCGACGGCUUCUCCAAGGGCUUCCAGGGCGGUCUAGGGUCAGAGAGCGUGAAACGUGACGAGGGUACCAAGGGCGCACGCUGCGAGUUCAUGCAGUCUGAUGGCGGUCUGGUAGACGUUGACAUCUUCUCUGGGCUGAAGGCUAUUCUGUCUGGUCCUGCUGGUGGUGUCGUUGGCUAUGCGCUGACAUCGUACGAUCCAGAGACCAAGACACCUGUCAUUGGCUUCGAUAUGGGUGGCACAAGUACGGACGUGAGCAGAUACGGCGCUGGACGCUACGAUCACGUCUUCGAGACCACUACCGCUGGCGUUACUAUCCAGUCACCGCAACUUGACAUCAACACAGUGGCGGCAGGCGGCGGCUCACGAUUGUUCUGGAAGAAUGGCUUGUUCGUUGUUGGCCCUGAGUCUGCUAGUGCUCACCCAGGUCCGGCAUGUUACCGCAAGGGUGGUCCACUGACUAUCACUGACGCGAACUUGUUCCUCGGCCGCUUGUUACCUGACUUUUUCCCUAAGAUCUUCGGCAAGAACGAAGAUGAGGGUCUCGAUGCAGAUGCGAGUGAGAAGCUGUUCAAAGAGCUGGCCGAACAGAUCAAUAAGGAGGUAGCAGGAGGCAGCAAGGAGAAGGAGAUGUCGCUGGACGACAUCGCCAAUGGCUUCAUCAAGAUCGCUAACGAGACAAUGACUCGACCCAUCCGCAGUUUGACUGAGGCACGAGGACACGACACAUCAAAGCACAGGCUAGCGACGUUCGGUGGAGCUGGUGGACAGCAUGCUGUCGCUAUUGCCGAAGCGCUCGGCAUAUCACAGAUUCUCGUUCAUAGGUACUCUUCAGUGUUGUCAGCAUACGGAAUGGCGCUAGCAGAUGUUGUAGACGAGCGACAAGAGCCAGAGUCGAAGGUUUGGUCUGACGACCAAGAAGUACGUCAAUACCUGCAAAAGAAGAUGGGAGAUCUCAAAUCAAAGUCUACCGAGACAUUGAAAGGCCAGGGCUUCGACGAGCACAGUGUCCACUUUGAAGAGUACCUCAAUCUGCGCUACCGUGGCACCGAAUCUGCUCUUAUGAUCAUCAAGCCGACCAAAGAAGAAGCCGAGAAGGAGUACGAUGGUGAUGACUGGGCAUUCGGUAAAGCCUUCGUCAAGCAGCACGAACAGGAGUUUGGCUUCACCUUGCCAGACCGCGACAUCAUCGUUGACGAUGUGCGUGCUCGAGGCAUCGGAAAGACAUUUGAAGGCCUCGAGAAGACCGUCGACCAGCAGCUCAAGGAGAUCAAGCCCAAUGAUCUAUCUAAGGAUGAGAAGCGAUACGACACGCGCAAGGUUUUUUUCGAAGGUGGUCGGCAAGAUACUUCAGUCUACAAGCUUGAGGACCUUGAAGUCGGCGACCGCAUCAAGGGUCCGGCGAUCAUUGCAGAUGGCACUCAGACGAUCGUUGUUACUCCUGGCGCAUCAGCAUUGGUCAUCCACACUCACGUCGUGAUCAACAUCGGCGAGAGCGAUGGUAGCGAGAAAGAGAUCAGCACGAAAGAAGUGGAUCCAAUCCUGCUGAGUAUCUUUGCUCAUAGGUUCAUGGCCAUUGCAGAGCAGAUGGGUCGCGCCUUGCAGAAGACAAGUGUAUCAACGAACGUCAAGGAGCGUCUCGACUACUCGUGUGCGCUUUUUGACGCCGAGGGUGGGCUUGUAGCCAACGCACCCCAUUUGCCCGUUCAUCUCGGCAGUAUGUCCACUUGCGUCCGAAAACAAGCCACAAUUUGGAAAGGCAAGCUCAAGAAGGGCGAUGUCCUUGUGUCCAACCACCCAAUGUUUGGUGGCACACACUUGCCCGACAUUACUGUCAUCACUCCGGCCUUCAGCGGCGACAACAUCAUCUUCUACGUCGCUUCUCGAGCCCAUCACGCUGACAUUGGCGGUAUCCUGCCCGGUUCCAUGCCUCCCUCGUCGAAAGAGCUCUACCAAGAAGGCGCCGCAAUCAAGAGCGAAAAGCUUGUCUCAGAAGGCCACUUCAACGAGAAGCGCAUCAUCGAGCUGCUCUCAGAAGAACCUGCCCAGUACCCAGGAUGCUCCGGCACCCGCUGUCUGAGCGACAAUCUCAGCGACCUGAAAGCCCAGAUCGCCGCCAACCAAAAGGGCAUCAACCUAAUCAGCACCCUCAUGUCUGACUACGGCGAGCAAGUCGUCAAAUUCUACAUGACCAACAUCCAAGCCAACGCCGAAUCCUCCGUGCGCCAGCUGCUCAAAGGAGUCUACAAGCGCUUCGAAGGCCAGGACCUGUCCGCCGAGGAGUUCAUGGACGACGGCUCCCCGAUUCGACUCAAAGUCACCAUCGACGCAGAAGAGGGCGAGGCCGUGUUUGACUUCAGCGGCACCGGUCCAGAAGUCUACGGCAACAUCAACGCGCCCGAAGCUGUAACCUACAGCGCAAUAAUCUACUGCCUACGCUGUCUAAUCAGCGAAGACAUUCCUUUAAAUCAAGGCUGCCUGAAACCAAUCCACGUCCUGAUCCCUAAAAAAUCCUUCCUCUCGCCAUCUGACAACGCAGCGGUGGUGGGCGGCAACGUGCUAACCUCCCAGCGCGUUACCGACGUCGUGCUUAAAGCGUUCCGCGCCUGCGCAGCGAGCCAGGGCGACACGAACAACCUGACCUUCGGCUUUGGCGGGCUGUCCAGCGGCGAGGGCGGCAGCCCGCGCAAAGAGACCAAGGGAUUCGGAUACUACGAGACCAUCGCGGGUGGUUCGGGUGCAGGACCGACGUGGAACGGGACAAACGGUGUACACACACACAUGACCAACACACGCAUCACGGACUCGGAAGUCUUUGAGCGGCGAUACCCUGUGCUGCUGCGCGAGUUCUCCUUGCGACAAGGGAGUGCAGGGAGGGGUAUGCAUAUUGGCGGCGAAGGAGUGAUCAGGGAUAUCGAGUUCCGCAUCCCAGUGCAAGUUUCGAUCCUGAGUGAGCGGCGAGUGUACCAUCCCUACGGCAUGGAGGGCGGUGGGGACGCCGCGUGCGGGUUGAAUAUCUGGGCGCGCAAAGUGAACCGCAAAAUGAUUGACAAGAACUCCGAUUCUAAGAAGCCGACGGAGGAUACCGACGCGAAGACGGCUGGCAUCCAGGACAUCAGUUUGAAGGAUGCUGGGAACGAGGAUGUAGAGUAUCGGUUCAUCAACCUCGGCGCGAAGAAUACGGCGAGUAUGCAGCCCGGGGAGCGCAUUAUCAUCCACACCCCUGGCGGCGGUGGGUGGGGUAAGGAAGGGGAGGAGAGUAGGGUGGAGGAUAAGAAGGAUCCAAAGGCGGCGUGGAGGGGCGGGAGUGUGGCUGAGAGGCAGGCUACUGGGGAGGCGUCUGCAUAA